AUAGAAAAUGAUAAGAGUGAGGAUAAUAUGUUAACUUGGACUCAGGAUUUUCAUUGAUGGAAACACUUUCAUCAGUAUAGUCAAUGUUUCUAUGGCAGCACUCAUACAUUAAGGACAGCUGAAUAUUGUAAUCAUUUUCAAUGGGUAAUGGCUCAGAUUUAAAUGAAAAUUUAUAGGAAAGAGGAGAGAGAGACAUAUAGUUGAAGGAGGCAAGAAGUAUCUUUUUUAAAUAAGUAUUGUCAUUAUUGAAAGUUUGGGGCUUUUUAUGGAUUUUGAAGCAAAGUAUUUUGAUAAAAGAAUAAAACUUAGAAGAUUGUAUUUAGUUUUCUCUACACGGCUUUUUAUAUUGUUGUAUUUUGUUAUUAUAUUCCAUGGACUUGUAGUGCAAUGUAAAAAUGUGAAAAGACUUGGAACUUAAUGGAACAGCUGGAAUAUCGUCAAAUAAUUUCUCACGUUAAGCAACUCCAGGAAGAUAUAUAUACCAUGAAAACAUGGUCUAGCAGCUUAAUUCAAAAAAAAGAAGAGCUGCAGAAGAAUUUAACAGCCCUUUUUCAUGCAGUUGCAAGUAUUGAAGAGAAUACAGCUUCUGUAGCAAAAAAUAUAACUUUGAAGAUAGCGACAGUAAAAACUGACGUAAGGCGCAUUUCUGGCCUGGUUUCAGAUAUGACUGUUUUGACAGAUUCUUUACAAACACUAGAAGAUAAAUUAGAUAAAGGUGAAAAAAAGACAGUAGAAAAUAUAGGUGACCUGCUUUCCAGCAGCAUUGACAGAAGUGCAAAACUGCAAAGCUUGGCAUCCAGUAAUGCAAGAAGAAUUGAGCAAAUUAAGACAGCCUUAUCAGAGUUAAGGAGUGAUUUUAACAAAAAUUCAGAUAGACUUUUGAAUCUCGAAAGUGACAGAGCAAAGGUGCUGAAGACAGUUACAUUUGCAAAUGACUUAAAACCCAAGAUGUAUAAUCUCAGGAAGAAUUUUGCCAUCUUGGAACCACUGGUAAAUGAUCUAACCCUGAGAAUAGGAAGAUUAGCUGAGGAUAUAGUACGACGGGAGAAAGCAGCUGCUUUACUGAAUGAAAAAUUGAUGAAUUUAACAAGAGGUCAAGCUGAGAUCAAGGAUAUGAAGGAUGAAAUAACCAAGAUUUCAGAUGUGAAUUGAUGGCUGUGGAAUGGCUCUGCCUGAGGAACAGCAGUGUUUGAGGCGCGUUAGCUCCGGCGCGCGCAGCAGGAGGAAGGAGGGCAGGAGUUAAAGGCUUCAUGCAGAUGCUACCACAGCCCGGCCAGAAACCUCUCCUCUCCCCGUGAAGAGCACAGCAAAACUCGCAGCAAUUUCAAGGAGCAGCAAUCAAGCAAAGAAUGUGUCUCUGUGCAGCUGUGAGUCUCUCUGAAGGAUGACUGGUGCUAUAUUUAAUAAAUUCCUUGUUUUGUACAACAAAACACUGUAAAAGCAUAAAUUCUUGUUCUUAACUAUAGAGUUUGCUUUCAGAAAUAAAGCAAGAGCCAAGAUG